AUGUCGCAAGCUCUUGAUCUAUCCCUGUUGAAGGGGUCUCUUGAGGAAAGAGAUGCGGUUUCGGCAGCCCUACUAGAAACACUCAAAACGCGCGGGGUGGCCAAGCUAAAGAACCAUGGGCUCCCAGAAGAUCUGAUUGCCAAAAUGUUUGACUAUACCCGUCGAUUCUUCUCUCUUUCACUAGAGGAUAAGAUGACCGCCAAACAUCCGCCAGAGGCAAACCCCAACCGUGGAUACAGCUAUGUUGGCCAGGAAUCAGUCUCUUCCAUUAGUGGUUAUGACAAAGGCCUCCCCCAAGGGGCCUCAGUUCGGGAUAUUAAGGAAACCCUCGAUAUGGGCUCCCCGCACGACAGCCUUGUGGACAACAUUUGGGUAGCCGAUGAGAAACUACCCGGCUUCCGCAAAUUCAUGGAGGAUUUCUAUGAAAGCUGCUUCAAGGUCGAGUUGGAGAUUCUCGACGCCUUGGCUAAGGCCCUUGAUAUCUCGGCACCAGAUCUCAAACUACUACACAACAAGGCCGAAAAUGAAUUCCGCCUACUUCAUUAUCCAGCUGUGCCAGCAUCUGAGCUAGAAGAUGGAACCGCCACGCGCAUUGCAGAGCAUACAGACUUUGGCACGAUUACCAUGCUGUUUCAAGAUUCCACUGGUGGUUUACAGGUCGAAGACCAGCAAAAUCUGGGGACCUUCCAUGAUGUCGUGUCAGGGGGCAAAUCGGAGAUCAUUCUGAACAUCGGCGACUCGCUCCAGCGCCUGACCAAUGAUACAUUCAUGGCUGCAUGUCACCGGGUAACCUAUCCGCCCACCGUCAAAGUGGGCUCUGAUGUGAUUAUUCCCGAACGCUAUUCUGUUGCCUAUUUUGCGAAGCCGAACCGUAUCGCUUCCUUGUUUCCCCUAAAGAAGUUCAUCACGCCUGCUACUCCGUGCAAAUAUGAGGAUAUUACGGCUUGGGACUACAACAAUCUGCGAAUCGCCAAGUUGUUCUCCUAA